AAGACACCAUAGUAGAAUUUGUUUGACGAACCUCCGUGAUCAAGCCGAGGAAAAUAGUCCAGAUAAUUGCUUCAAUUGCAGGUGUAUUCAGCAUUCUAACUCUAAUGCAGGUUGCAUUAUAAAUAUUCUACAUGCGGACAACAUGUUCAGGUGACUUUUAGAAUCAACUCAUGGCUAAGAAUCGAGGAGUAAGGAGAGAAUAAAACCGUGAUCUGGUCGACCGUGACGAUCGCGACGACGUUCAGUGCAGGUUUCUUGUGUAGUAACGUGUGUACUGCGUUGAACGGGGAGGUACGGUACGAGUGUAAACACUGAGUUGAGUUUGUCUGACGUCUGCGAGCGAGGCAGGCAGGGCCCAACUAGGGGCCGCGCCGCCGGGCCAGGUGAGAACUUCAUAUCUUCAGCAGACGUAAACGGCAGAUGAUAUACAGAACGUUGGAGGAUUUCACUCACCUUUGCAACGACGUUUACAUUAUUUCCAUAUUGGAAAAGACCUGAUGUGUAGAUGAAUGAAGCAAUAACGAUGGACAAAGUCGCGAGGAAAGCUCUAGAAUCUGAGAUUCUCUUUUACAUCACAUCUGCCUUGGUCACCUUUCUGGCUUUCAUAAUCUCCUUCAAGUGGGUCUACAGGAAGACUGUUACAAAAGAUGUCUGUCCUGUCCAUCCAGAUGGCGUUCAAACAAAGUCAAUAACAGAAGAUAAAUCCCUACAAGCAUCGUCAGGAGAUGGGGAUAAUUCAUCACAGACGGCUUCAAUCCAGGAGGAAGAUGAAGACGGAGAUGAGGAGGGAGAUGAAGAGGAAGAUGACAUCAAAGAUCUUCUCAUCAACCACGAUGACAUCAAGCCGUUAGAUUGCAAUCAGACCAAUGAAGAGGGAGGUGAUGGGGAAGAGGAGGACGACAUCGAGUCCAAGACAAAAAAUCUAUCCGGUCCACAGAAAACCAAGAAAUUGGUUGAAGAGGUCUCUAAGAGAAUGUCAGAUGAACAGAAGGUAGAAGAGAGAAGGAUUCAAUCAGAGCAGCUAGAGGCCAUCUUCAAGCUUGUCCAAAACCAACAAGACACAUUUGGGAUCGGUUCUUUAGAAGAUAUAGAGGAUCAAUUCAAACUGUACGCAUAGCACAUACUACAUCCACCAGGCAGCUACCAGGCAACUACGCGUUUAUACUAAUUAUUAAGUUACGACUUUCAUGUAUUCUAAAUAUAUAGCAAUUGAAGCCAAUAAUGACAGAUGUGAUGUAGGGUUAACUUGAUUUGGACACCGAAUAGCCUUCAGUAACCAGUCAGGUUUCCUUCUUCAGUAUUGGCAAAUAUAAUUGAAAGUGAUUUCCAUGCAAUUUUCAGUGAAAGUAAUACAAGAUUUUGAAAAAUACUUUUCAGUUUGUAUCACAUUUAAUGUACAGUGUAUAAAAUAAAACCCAAGAUCAAAUCAAACAAAAAGCACUGCUUAUGUGAUUAGUUUAC